AUGAUAAGAGUCAUCGAUGGUGCUAGGUGGUCGGGGUCAGUACCGGUGGCUGGAGGUAGAGAGGAAAGCGGCAGUUGUCUUCACUCGUUAGGGUUAGGGUUUAGAACCGGGGGUGACGGGUUUAUAUACCCGAUCCCCCAAACUUGUUUCCGUUGUUGCUUGGAACCUCCGAUCAUUCAGAAAGGAUUUAAUCCAACAAUGGAAACACUUGAAGAAGAUAAUAUAAUCGCUGCUGCUAAUGUUAUUGUCAUGGCGCUUGAUUCCAACAAGAAAAUCACCAGCGAAACUAGAAAAAUCUUAAUGGAUUUAGGCUCCCGAUUGACUUCCAUGGCUAAGGCUACUGUACACGAAGACGAUGAAGAAAAUGAAGAUGAAGAUGAAGAACUUAGUGAUAUCAAAGAACGGGUCAAUUCGAUUCAAGAAAAGAUCAUGAAUUGGGAACGUGAUGAAUCCAUGAUAUGGGAUUCCGAUCCUGAAGAAGCUAAAGAGUAUUUGAAAACAGUCGAUGAAGCCAGAAGAUUAUCAGAGAGCUUAGAGAAUUUGAAACUCGGAAGAAACGAUAACGCCCUUUUGAGAAACGUUAACGCUCUUCUUCAAACAUCAAUGGCGAGGAUCGAAGAGGAAUUUCGACAUAUGCUUGUUCAUAAUCGUCAAAACUUCGAGCCUGAACAUUUCUCAUUCCGUUCCAGUGAAGAUGAUGGUUUAGAUGAGAAUUCCGUUCUUUCGUUUGGGGAUGAUUCAAUUGACGAUUCCGUUCAACGAGAUAGCAUAAGCCGUGGAGCUGAAGUUUUUAUAAUGGAUUUGGUCAAUCCGGCGGUGAUUCCGGACUUGAAAGGAAUCGCGAAUUCCAUGUUUGAUUCCAAUUAUGGUCGGGAAUGUUCUCAAGCGUUCAUUAGUGUCCGAAAAGAUGCAUUGGAUGAUUGUCUUUUUAUACUCGAAAUCGAAAAAUUAAGCAUUGAAGAUGUUGUGAAAAUGGAAUGGGUUUCUUUGAAUUCAAAGAUUAGAAGAUGGACAAAAGCGAUUAAGAUCUUCGUUAGGGUUUAUCUCGCAAGUGAGAAGUUUUUAUGCGAGCAGAUAUUCGGGCAGGGGGAAUCGGUGAGUUCGCUCUGUUUUACAGAGUCGUCAAAAGCUUCGAUGUUGCAGCUUUUGAACUUUGCAGAAGCGAUCGCCAUCGGGCCACACCAACCGGAAAAGCUUUUGAGAAUUCUCGACAUGUAUGAAGUUUUAGCAGAUCUCAUGCCGGAUAUUGAGAGUCUGUAUUCCGAUGAAAACGGGAGUUACAUAAGAACGGAAUGUCACGACGCUUUGAUGCGGGUGGGAGAUUGUGUGAAGGCCACGUUUAUCGAAUUCGAGAACAAAGUAGGGGCGAAUACAUCAAACACCGCCUUUCCCGGCGGCGGUAACCACCAUCUCACUCGUUACGUGAUGAAUUACAUCAAAACCCUAACUGAUUUCAGCGAUGAAUUAAACGCGUGCCUGAGUGACCACCGUGUUGGAGACAAUCUAGAUUCGUCGUCUUCACCGGACACAAGUCCUGGACACGAAGACGAUUUGAAUAACGGAAACUCGUCUUCAUCACCAAUGGCGUUACAUUUCCGAUCAUUAAUGUCGAUUCUGGAAUGCAACCUCGAGGAAAAGUCAAAAUUGUACAAAGACGAAGCCCUAGGGCACCUUUUCAUGAUGAACAACAUCAACUACAUGGCUGAAAAGGUGAAAAAUUCAGAGUUGAGAAACGUACUUGGAGACGAUUGGAUUCGGAAACGAAACUGGAAGUUUCAGCAAUACGCAAUGAGCUAUGAACGAGCCACGUGGAGUUCGAUUUUGAAUUUGCUUAGAGAAGACAGUCUUCAUAAUUCUGGAAGCUCAAAUUCAACCUCGAAGACUGUGCUUAAGGAAAGAUUGCAGGCGUUUUACACUGCGUUUGAAGAUAUUUACAAGAAUCAAACUGGAUGGUCGAUUCCGAAUACUCAACUUCGUGAUGAUUUGAGGAUCUCGAUGUCGCUUAAAGUGAUUCAAGCUUAUCGGACUUUUGUUGGUAGACAUGCGAACACGAUUAGUGAGAAAUACAUUAAGUAUACUGCUGAUGAUCUUGAGAAUUAUAUUAUGGAUUUGUUUGAAGGAGCUCCAAAAUCAUUGCAGAGCUUCCAUAGAAGGUGA